UGAACCUCCACAACGUGCCAGGUCGCUAAAGGGGGGAUUAUGCAUUGAGAGAUUUUCCCCAAGAUAGAUGUGAUCUUUUUGACGGUUUUAUCCACAUAUUUAUGUAGGCUCAUUUAAAUACACUGGAGGGGUGAUAGUGUCUCCGCUCUCGAUUAAUGCAGAAAAAAACACUCGCGAGUGUUGCAGGGAGAAACGGGGGAAAGACAGGGCAGCUUGCAGCCUGGAGACUCCGUAUACAGUCGAAAAUGUACCGAUUACCGAUCCAGGAUCAGCGCACCUCUCCCCACUGCACAUUCUACACAUUUGGGCAAAAACCCGAGCCCUGAUCAGAAGUCAGUGCUCGGGGAUGCGAGAUAUCCGCAUUUGGGAGCAGCCGAGCCGAGACUGACACGCUCGAGUCAGGGACAGGGAAGCCGUCCGAAAAGUGGUUGGGCGUGACGUCACGAGCUUUCCUGAAAGUCAACAACAAGCGCUAGCGGCAGAAGCGCAGCGGCGGUGCGAGAGGGAACUGCUGCCGCUCAUCACAUGCUGUGUCUAUCCUUUUCUGCAGGGCGACCGAAUAGACGGCAUUAUCCGGAGCAGCAACAGCGUUAGCACUCGUCUCCUGUUUAUUUUUGCGAGUGACUGUUUUUUCCCCUCCCGAUUCAUUGUUGCGGCGUAGAAAAGGGCACGAGCGUGCAAGGGACACUGUCGAAGGGGAGCCCCAGAGGUCUCCCCGUCACUGCCCGCCAGUCAGGCUGAGUCACCGCUGAAGAGUGGGAAGGACUGAAGAGAGAGAGAGAGAAGGAGAGAGAGAGAGAGAGAGAGAGGGAGGGAGGGAGGGAGAGAGCGCGCAGCAGCGGCUGAGGAGGAACGGCGUGUGUGUGUGUGAAAGAGAGAAAGAGAGGGAGACGCGCACGCGGUUGCGGACGGAGAGAGUGAGAGAGAGAGAGAGAGAGAGAGAGAGGGAGCGUGUGCAAGGGAGGGAGAGAGCGCGAGAGAGACAGCGCAGAAGAGGAGAGCUCACCCAUCCCCCCUGCAGAACUCCACCAUGAGCGAUGUCACCAUCGUCAGAGAAGGCUGGGUACAGAAACGAGGAGAAUAUAUUAAGAACUGGAGGCCGCGGUACUUCCUGCUGAAAACAGAUGGCUCCUUCAUCGGCUACAAGGAAAAGCCGCAAGACGCAGACCUCCCUUACCCCCUCAAUAACUUCUCUGUGGCCAAAUGCCAGUUGAUGAAGACGGAGAGGCCAAAGCCGAACACCUUCAUCAUCAGGUGUCUGCAAUGGACCACGGUCAUCGAGCGGACCUUCCAUGUGGACACUCCCGAGGAGAGAGAGGAGUGGAUGGAGGCGAUCCAGAUGGUGGCUGAUAAACUCCAAAGACAGGAAGAGGAGAGGAUCCAGUGCAGCCCCACGUCUCAGAUCGAUAACAUCUGUGAGGAGGAGAUGGACACCUCUACCAGCCACCACAAACGCAAGACGAUGAAUGACUUUGACUACUUAAAGCUCCUGGGAAAAGGCACUUUUGGGAAAGUCAUUCUGGUGAGAGAAAAGGCCAGCGGGACGUAUUAUGCAAUGAAGAUUCUGAAGAAGGAAGUCAUAAUCGCAAAGGAUGAAGUGGCUCACACACUCACCGAAAGCAGAGUAUUAAAAAACACCAGACAUCCCUUUCUAACUUCUCUGAAGUACUCUUUCCAGACCAAAGACCGUUUGUGCUUUGUGAUGGAGUACGUCAACGGAGGAGAGCUGUUUUUUCAUUUGUCGAGAGAGCGGGUUUUCUCUGAGGAUCGGACGCGGUUUUACGGAGCCGAGAUCGUCUCCGCUCUGGACUACCUGCACUCCGCCAAGAUCGUGUACCGGGAUCUGAAGCUGGAGAAUCUGAUGCUAGACAAAGACGGUCACAUCAAAAUCACGGACUUCGGCCUGUGCAAAGAGGGCAUCACAGACGCUGCCACCAUGAAGACCUUCUGUGGCACACCUGAGUACCUGGCUCCUGAGGUGCUGGAGGAUAAUGACUACGGGCGGGCGGUGGACUGGUGGGGGCUGGGCGUGGUCAUGUACGAGAUGAUGUGCGGCCGACUGCCCUUCUACAACCAGGACCACGAGAAGCUGUUUGAGCUCAUCCUGAUGGAGGACAUCAAGUUCCCCCGAACCCUCUCCGCCGACGCCAAGUCCCUGCUGUCCGGGCUGCUCAUCAAGGACCCCAACAAGAGACUUGGCGGCGGUCCAGACGAUGCGAAGGAAAUCAUGCGCCACAGUUUCUUCACUGGUUUAGACUGGCAGGACGUGUAUGACAAAAAGCUGAUACCUCCAUUCAAGCCUCAGGUGUCUUCAGAAACAGAUACCAGAUAUUUUGAUGAAGAAUUCACAGCGCAAACGAUCACAAUAACUCCUCCUGAAAAAUUUGAUGAAGAUGGUAUGGACUGCAUGGACAACGAGAGGCGACCCCACUUCCCGCAGUUCUCCUACUCGGCCAGCGGGCGGGAAUAAGACCGUCCAACGGCCGGUUGCUCGCGCUUCAUUGCCGUUCAAGGCUAUCACUGGAAAUAUGUUUACUCCCGUUUUUCUCGGUCUUUAUUUAUAUAUAAUAUAGACACGGAAUCCCGUUAAAGUCUCUUUUUUGUUUGCUUUCAUUGUUUUUACUUUUUAUUUUUAAGGGAGUACUUUUUUCUUGGAUUUUUCUUGUAAGACUCAGUCCAUAUUGGCUCCAAAUAAACACGUCUCCUCCGUUUUCGACAUCGCUGACAGACUGCAAAAGGGGCGGUGUCUCGUUUGUAUUCGUUUCGGUUUGUAUCUGUUUGCUCACUGUUCUUUUUAUCUUUUUCGCCAUUUGUUGAACAAACCGAUCACUUUUCCUUGUAGGGAACAAAAACGAUACGCUGCCUUAUGCAUGUGUUGAAUUUUCAUUUCACAUUGGCGAUGGGUUGCCGUGUGGCUCGCGGAUCAUGAGAACUUUAACUCACAUUGCCGUCGUAUUUCCCCCUUGUGGCAGAAAAUAUUACUGCGCCCUGCUGUUACGCUUAAUCUCAGUGGAAUUGGGUUGUUUUCGCGUCGUUAGCUGCGGAGGUAUUGUAUUUGAAGUUACACGUUUUAUUUUGCAGAAAUGAAAACUGCCGUAAACUCAGUUCUUCACUCAGGCUACAAGUUAACGAGCACAUCUGUGUUCAACUCAGUUACAGGUUUCGCUUCGCUCACCUCAUUCAGCGGAGUUUGCUACAAACUAUUGCCAAACGCUCACUUCUCUGGUCUCACUCUAUAACAGUUUCUUAUAUCGGAUUUAGGAAAAAAACGGCAAAUGUUUCCAAUGUGUUUGUGACGUUUUAUGUUCUAACCUGUGUAUUAGCCACUCGCUAAUUGAGUUACUCAGAUCGUCAGGAUAUAACGUUAUGCAUCGUUAGGAUGGAAUCGCACUCUGGGGUAUCCCUUUAGUGAGCAUAGCGCAAAUGCUACUUAGUAGGCCUUUCGCAACAAAGUGGGUUUAAAGAUCCAUUGAAGCUGAUCCGCACGAACCCGAAUGAGACAAUGUUUAAAGAGAGAGAAAAAACUAUUAGGAAUCGCAGGUACUUAUCCUUCAGAGUCUGUCAUCGAUGGCACUGGCUUUCGAGGGAUGCUACAUAGGCCUAUGAUCGGGCUCAAAGCGGACACACCUUUCCUUCCUUUGAUGUAUAUAUGGAACGCUUUUUUGACGGACAACAUAUCAUCGCUAGACAUGAAAUAUCGUCUUAUUGUAUUAAUAGCUGGCUAACAAAACAAAACAAAGCAAAGACAACAACGAAAACAAAAAAAACGAAGGAGAAACUACUAGGACAUGAGAACGUUUUCAGAUGUUUGGCGCCGUUUACGAUCUGCUCCACGCUUCACUUAACGGAGGAAGAGGAAGAAGCGGUCAAGUGGAUUUUGGGACGAGGCAAAGCCAUCCCAUUCUCAAAGUGCAAUCACAGGGGCUGUAUGGACAUUUCAUAUGUGCGCUGGAGAGAGAAAAACAGAAGCAACACUGGUAAUAUACUUUUUCUUUAAAAAAAAAAUUGUUUUGGAUCUUUGUCUUUUUUGUGUGGGGUUUUGUUGGGCUCUACAUAUUUUCUGUUUUACUAUUAUUAUUAUUAUUAUUAUUUGCACCAGGGCAAAAAAACGGUUAUUUAUUUGUUGUUCCAAUUGAAUUGUUGAUGUUGUUUGGAGUUAGGAAGUAUUGCUCAGUCUUUUGUAUAAAAGCAGCUGGGGAAGGCAGAAGAAUGUAGCGGGCGCAAUGCUAAAAAAAUUUCACCUUUUUUUAUUCUAAUUUUUUUUCAUCUUCCAUUUUGUUUGAUGUUUUGUUUUGUUUGUUUUCCUACCAAAAUGUCAGGGUGAGGACCCUGUGGGGGAGGGGGAGGGGGAAGGGGGUUUGGUUGGAGCCCCCUGGUUACCAUGGUAGUAUUUAUUCUCAACAUUCCAUUCAGGGGCUUCACAUACUAAUGUAUUGAUUUAUGUGUAAAUGAUUUGUUUGCCUGUUUGUUUCUCUAAAGGGCUGAACAAGCUGUAAAACCCUUUAUUACGAGCAGCGGAAAGUAUCUGUUGUCUUUUUGGCUGUAGGGGUCAUUCUGUAAUCGUGUAAAUUUCAGUGUGUGAGCAGGGUACUGAAGCAAUUAGAGAAAAGAGACUUUGAACAGCACACCCUAGCAAUUCCCUUUUUUCUGCACAGAGGGGUGUAAACACUGGCGGGUCAAUGGACCAGCCAUCUCUGCAUGCUGGUUUGAACUGUUUUUUUUUUUUUGCUGCAGGAAGAGGAUUUUGGAACCAAAAUUACAAAUAAUUGUCGACUCCGGUCCAACUGUCACUCUGACUCGAGCCUUUCGAAGGGCGGCUUUGCUCAUGGGUUUGAAUGAAGUGCGGCCAUUUUAAGGGUGCAGAGAGACUCGAGGACUGCGUGUCAUUUCCUCUUAUCAGUGGCGAAGCUUGCAGAUGGGCUAAUGCUCAUCAUGUGUUCUGCAGAGAGCUUUCGACACGGUCACGGGCCUGGGUGUCUGUCGUGCGACCACUUCGACUAUUCCAAAGGAAACAGUUAUUGGGAGAGAGUUCACAAGCAUAAAACACACCUGCCUACCUGUGCAUGUAUUUAAUCAAAAAAACCUUUGUAGGGUUAUUUCAAUUGUCAGAAUGCUUGAAUCCAUUCAAUGGUGUGCAGUGGGGGACCAAGCCAUGUCUGGCUGACUGGUAAAAAUGAGGAUAGUCACACAGGCGUGUGUUGGAACUGACACCGGUGUGCCAUUGUGCAUAGUAAACUGUCAAGUGUUAAUUCACCUCUUAACGGUAUUACUUCAACUCAUAACGGAUAACAUUUGGUCCCACUCUGAGUUAGAGUUGAAUUAACACCAGUAGGGUUGAAUUAACACCGGGCAUUUUAUUGUGAGAAGUCCACUAAGGAGCCAAGUCCUGUUUAUCCUGUUAAAUUAAUUUUGUAUUAAAUUAUUCUUACAUUAGUGUUGGACCGUGUAAAUACUUGCAAGCGCUUCUUACGAUAGCAGCUUUCCUUUAUGCAGUGUACGAGUCAAAAUCGGCACCUGGAGGUAAACGUUUAUGAAGUUUUUUGUUUUGUUUUUUCAAAAUGUGAGUUGUAGCAUUUUUGUUUCCCUGAAAGAGAUUAACGAAGAGCUUUAUUUCAGUUCCUGUGAAGAAUCCGUUUUCGUUUGGUUUUUUUUCUUGCAGCUGGUCACAGAAUCAGUGCUCUGAGCGUCAGACCUACCUUGUUGGGCAUAUUGGCUUUAUUGUCAGUAAGUCUGUAUCUCUAAACUGUAAAUAGACCUCAAAGGUUGUAUUAUUUCUACAGCAUGGAUUUCCCCCCUGACUGUGCUUCUCUCUAUAUAUAUAUAAUGUUGCAUAUAGGCUGUUUAAAACAAUACAUCAAAUAUCUAAGAAAAUUAUGCAUAUUGGAAAAGUAUACUCACUGCCCUUUUAACACAUUAAAAAUCUGUCAUUGCAUCACAGAUACACCUGUUUGUAUUAUUUAUGAUGAAACAUUUCAUACACAGUCCUCUUUUAGUUCUGUAAAUAAAAACGCAUACAGUUGUACAGUACCACUUUAAUUAUUUAGUUUGAAAAGGUGGCAUUUUUAUUUUGAUUCAGAUUUUUGGACUGUGUGUGAGAAUAAUAUCGGAGACUGCUGAUGAAGUCUUAACUGAGUCUCAGUUCUGUAGUUUUAAAGACCUUGGCAAGUGCACUGAUAUCAGAACUGAACUGGCUGGAGUGUAGAAGGCCCUGCAGGGUUAUUUUUUCCCCCCCUUUGUUUUAUUUAAAACUGAAGCAGAAAAUUAAAGCAAUAAGCACGUGCACAGUAUUCAAAACACGCCUUCACCUAAAUGAUAAGAGUUGUUCUGUCGCAAAAGGCAUCAUUACAUUAACUGGUCUUUUGCGCAGUACGCAAACGAAUGCCGGUCACACAGAUUGUUCUUUAGGUAAGACGGUACAUGCCCGGGUUGGGAUUUUUGGAUAGUCCUCUAAUGACUUCCAGAGGUUGAUUGGUCUGGUUAGCAGGAACAGAAUUGCUCAGGUGAAGUGUGUGGAACUAGAUGGCUUAGCCCAUAGAAGAUUAUGGGUAGGUUGAUCGCUGGGGGGUCGCUGUUUGUGUUGGUUUGUCACAUUUCUUAUCUGUGAUUGGUGGUGAUUUAUAGAAGUAUAUUUUUGGUUUACACCACACCACACAUAUAACAAAUGUGCCAUAGGGACAUUAUUGGGAGUUCUGGUGUAACACAAGUGAUGGGAUAUGAGGCCUCAUGUCUUGUGGAACCGUAAUGUGUCAAGCUAAGGAAUGUGUUCAUUGUUUGUGAGACAGAUAAUACUCCGGUCUUGUGUGCUGUCGCAGAUGUCCAUGGUGAUCAAUGUAGAUGAGUUGGUUUCUGAGAACGUAGCUUAUGGCUAGAUAGAAGUCGUUUAACCCUGUAAACUCUACUGUAAUAUUGCUGCAGUCUGUGUUCACCAGUGUUCAGGGCAAAAUUCUUCUCUCAUAUGUUUAACUUGGCACCAGUCUUUUGGUGAGAGUCCUCAAACAUCUGCAGGAGAAUGGGGGGUGUGGUUCGCUGAGAGGGAGUUUGCUCAGGGGGUGGGGUUUACUGAGGGAGAGAUGGCUGAGGGGGUGGAGUCUACCGAAGGGGUUAUGGGUCAGGGGGUGGGGUUUACUGUGAGGGAGUCAGGUCAGGGGGUGGUGUCUACUCAGAGGGCAAUGGCUGAGGGAUGGAGUCUGUUGAGAAGUAUUCGGCUCAUGGAGUGGAGUCUACUGAGGGGGUUAUGGCUCAGGGGGUGGGGUUUACUGAGGGGAGUCAGGUCAGGUGGUGGAGUCUACUAAGGGCAUUGGCUCUUUGUAUCAGUGUUUGAGUGGGGCUUCUAUUGAGGAAGCUGAACUAGCUGAGAUAGUGACGAGCGAGGUUAACUCAGCCCAGACUCAGCUACGACAUGAGUUUUCACUCCAUAAAACAACUUUUCUGCUCGUUUCGUUUAUCGUGUAUAAUUAGGCUAGAUUGCUGUGGAUAAGCUAAGGAGAUGCGGACAGAAACAGCUAUAGGAAGUGGAAUGAGCUGGAUUCACAGCUGUUAUGGCCGAAGAUGCACUAUGAAUAUGAUCUUCCUUUUCCGUAAAUGGCCGUACAUGAGAUGUAAUCCGCCUAAAGAAGCCCCUGAACCUUGCGGUGGUAGAUCGCAGCUUAUCCAGGGUGUCACCUGUUCGUAUCCCAGCAACAGGCAGCAUCAUGGCGCUGUGGGCUGAACUGAGGGAGCUCAUUUAGCAUUGUUUUCUGUUUCACGGUCUUCUUGUAAUGUCUCCCGAAAUGCUCCUUUUUGAGGGGCGGGGCUUGGGGGGGAGGGUUUCUUUUUUAAAUGGGAAGUUUAUGCUCUUAGUAGAUUGUCCUUUUUUUUUAUUGUACUGCGUUAAAGCACUUUCUUUGAUUUGCUUUUGUGUGUUCUGUUCAGGUACAUUUCUAAGGGCAUUUUAUACCUUUUUCUCUUUUUGUGGAUCCAAGCUUGUAGUGGCCUUCACCAGACUGGCAUUCUCCCUCCUGUUUGUUUUGUAAAAUAAGUUUAUCUCCGAUAUUUCUGUUUUAUAUUGAUCUCAGAUUUUAUUUUAUUUUAUUUUAUUUUUGUUCUCCUAAAAAAUAUUGGGUCAUGCAAAGUAAGGUGUUAAUUUCCAUAAUUCCCUUAAGCAGCUUAACCAGAAUAAAUGCUUGCAAAAAUUGUAAUUAUGUACAUUUAUGUUUUUUAAAAAAGCACCAAGAAACCAUUAGCUAUCAUUAAUGGAGUCUUGUUUGAGGCGCUGUUGAACACAGCCAUUCCAUCGGCAUAAAUGUGCGUUUGUAAAAUAGAAAUGGGUCGUGUCUGACUGACGCUGUUGAGCCCGUUGAAAGGGGCUGGAGCUGAGGUGGUUGGUAGUACCCUGCAUGCAGCGGUCCUUGUUGAUAUUGCGACAUAUAAGCGGUUACAGCCCAUUAAAAAGAGGCUGAUCGGCAUUAAGCGCAAGACCUUGGUUCCAUAUCGCAUUUCAUUGCAGUUGCUUUUUUGAAAAAUGUAUUUCAGAACGAAAAAGACAAACGUGUCCCUGCAAUAUGUUUGUGCAAAAAAUAAUAAUAAUAGUCUUUUUUUUUCUUUACUUGAAAGCACAGGUUUGCCCCAUGAAGUCCAUGCUUUUUAUUUUGUGUUAUUUUAUUUUGAAUAGUGUAUCUUGUGAAGUCCGGAUGGACAAGACAAGGUGUGUGGGAAUAUGGGGGGUUGCCAGGAGACUAUUCAUUCUUUGACAUUGAUGAGGUUGAGCUUUUCCACAAGGUCAUGUGACCUGCUGUGACUGGGUGAGGGGAGUGUUGAUUUACAUUCAAAACCCGACAUGGCUGGGGUUUUGCCCCAGCAGUGUCGCUUCCGUAACAUUUAUUAUUAUUGAUAAUGAUGAUUAUUAUUAUUAAUAAUAAUGAAUCAUUGUGUGCAGGUGUAUAUGGAAAUCUGGGAAACUGAUAUGUAUGUGUUUGUUUCAACCUUCAGAGUAAUGCCUGAUCUUUCUUUCCUCUGAGCAAAUCAUUCGCAUUCUGUGUGCUGGUUACCCCCCUGGGGUGUGGGAAAUGGAUGAGUCCAAUAGGGAUUGAGGGGUGAGGGGAAGUACUGGAUUGUUCCAACAGGGAUUGAUUUGGGGGGAGAGGUGCCGUGCACUUUUCAGGAUUCAAUGUGACAAUGUGGGUUCUAUCCUAAUUAACUGCAGGAUCUCUCUCUCUGUCCAUAUAUAUAUAUAUAUAUAUAUAUAUAUAUAUAUAUAUGAAACACCUCAACAUACACACUUUGCUGCUACUGUUUGUAUUGUCUACAACAGAUUUUCUUGUUAUCUUGCUCCUGGUAGUGUAUUAUGAACGAGCAUGAAUUGUAAAGUAUUUAUUUAAAGAAAAAAAAAAAAAGCGAAGUCUUUGGGGGGGAAGGAAAAAUAACCCACUUGUAAAUUAAUUUUCCGUCCAUGUAGCUUUAGAGUUUGUGACAUUUCUUGACCUUUGACCUUGCUAGCUCUGUUAACAGUUCCAUGUUAAGAUCCUAUCAUGUGGUUGAGGAUUUUACGCAGAAGGGAAUAAAUUGGUGAAAAAAAAAAGAAUACACUUGUAUUAGUCAUAUUUACUGAAUAAAAAAAUGUUUUAUUUCCUUGCAUAUAGGACCCACAAGGAUGUGAAAAUGAUCUGCAAGAAACUGUUUUUGUACACUGUACAUCCUUAGUAUUUUUACAGGUAAAUGUAUGAUAGCAAUGUGCACAUUAUUUUACUCUUAACGACUGCUGAAAUAAAGCACUAUGUCAAUCUG